AUGCUGUUUCUUGUCGAGAAGUUCUCCCAGGUCUACACGGAAGAACGCGAAAAAGGCGCGCUUCUUGGGGGUGCGAAAAAAGGAAAGAAAUUGCCAAAUGCUAGGUUGGAAUUAGAAGAAGUCAAGGAGCGAGGGCCGCCUAUUGAUGCGUUCGCCCCUCUGUUCACAAUCCGCGCGGCGCUGUUGAUGGUCCGGAAACCCUCCAUUGCCUCAGCAACUGGAAACAUCACAGAGAAGAGCAUUUCAUACCCGAUUCUACUGCAAUUGGAGCCCAGGGACCAAACAGUCAGAUUGAUUUAUUAUCCCCACAAAGAACAUCAGAAACCUGUUUUGCAUAAUUUUCAUUGUCUUUUUACUCUUUGGUUCCUGAUAAAACCAGCGCAGGUCAAGCUUCAACCCCAAUCAAUUUACAUGCUUUAUGUGAAUACUCCAGCCAUGAAUAUCAACAUCCUUUUUGCAUGGCAAAAGAAAACUACCGACAAGCUGUACCAAAUAAAUACAAGAACCACCACCGGGCCUGAACGGACUCGGGCUAAUCAUACAGCCGCCGACACCUCCAUAAAAGUUAUGGUCAAUGUGACCAAAAGGGAGAGCAAUGAAAUCGGCAAAGUCAUGAAAUGUCAAGCCCUAGCCCUUCACCGCUGGGUAUCCAACACCUCAGAAAUGCACCAAUCUCCAUAG